AUGCGGAGGACCCGAAGAAGUCACGGUGCUCUAGAGCUUCAAAUCCCACCCCUUCUCCCUCCUUCUGAAGCCCUCUCGCUGAGUCUCUUCGCCGCUAUGAGACUCCUACCCAGCCGCGCCGCCCGCAUCCCCGGCCCUCCGGGCUCUCUGUGCUUGCUGCUGGCGCUGCUGCUGCUGACGCCGCCAGGGCCCCUCGCCAGCGCUGGUCCUGUCGCGGCCAUAGUGAGAGAGCUGCGUUGCAUGUGCUUAACCACCACACCGGGGAUUCAUCCCAAGAUGGUCAGUAACCUGCAGGUGAUCGCCCCAGGACCGCAGUGCUCCAAGGUGGAAGUGGUAGCCACCUUGAAGAACAGAAAGCAAGUCUGUCUGGACCCAGAAGCUCCUCUGAUCAAGAAGGUCAUCCAGAAAAUGUUGGACAGUGGAAACAAGAAAAAUUAAGAGAAAGGACCGUGCAUUGGAAAAAUUGCCCAGUUCUUCAGCAGAAGAGUUUUCUGGGGAUCUCUGGACCCAGUGAAGACAAGAAGCAAGGGCUGAUUUUCUCCAAGGGGUUAGGUUUCUGUAUGAAUUCCCCACUGUGAGAGAGAGAUGAGAGGAGGGAAACUAUGUUUGUCCCUGCAGCUUUCUGCUCAGU